GGGCUGCCUUUCCCCAUUUAACAUCCAUCCAAUAAUAUUUUGACACGUAAGUCUUCCACCUGAACUAAUGUGGACUUCUGAUACACCGAAUCAUCCUCACCGAAAUCAUCACUUCCACCCGUGCUCGUGCCCUUCCACCCCAAGACCUAGAAUCGUAUAGUUCGAACCCCUUCCCUGCCGACGAAGGGAACCACCGAACGCGUGCUCGUGCUCGUGCCGUCGCAGGUGAAGGAGCGAGUUGGGAAAUACUUCGCCGAAGGAGCGAACGCGUGCUCGUGCUCGUGCUCGUGCUCGUGUCUUCUUCUCUGCGAUUUCGACGCCGAAUCGGAAUCGUGCUGGACUGGUGGAGGUGGCGUCGAGAGGUGGUCGGCGCUCAGGCUUGGACGUGAAUAUCGGCUUCGUGGCCGACUAAAAUCGUGGGCAAACCAAGCACGACUCCAUGAAAGACAGAUCAAAUGGACCCAAGUCGGUUUCUGGGAUGGCGCAAGUUCGUCGUUGGGGGCACAUCGGGAGGGGACUGCUGUUCUUUUCUCACUUGGUUUCAGAGAUGGCCAUGUCCUUCCAUCCUGUGUAACCGGUUCUACGUCUAUUAAGGUGCAAUAACUGACGUGUCUAAAUUCUAUUGGCUGGCUGUUAACAGCCCUUUACUAGCCCGACCGCUUAGAAGCGGCUUUGUUGUUUUUUUCCUGCAAUUAUGCUAUGAAUCUCUCCCCUUGAGAUCACAGACGAAAAUGCACUCGCAAAGUCCAAUACCCAGAACUUGUUGAGGAUCUGCUCAAGAAAACUUCAUAAUAGGAUGGGGGAAAUGCAUAUAUUCACUUGAAUAUAAAAAACCCAAUGUAUUUGGCUCGGCAUGCUGUAAUCUUUUCGUAAUAUGGCUCUUCGGAGUCAUCCUCUUCAUUUGCUAAGAAAUCAUGAAGAAGUUGAUUAAUUUUAGGCUGUAUUAGCUGAGGGUAUCCGUUAACUUGAUCUGAUGCUCCAUGAGAGUGCUCGGUUCAUCGAGUUGAGGCUUUUAAUUUGAUCUGGAAUAAAAAUUUUGAUUCUGGGUAAACGUAGAAUUCGUUAGUAUAGAUGCAGUGGUGGGUUAGUUUGUGAUUUGAAAACAUAACGAAAUUUCUUUGUCUUUGAGGGGAGGAUUAUAAAGGGGGUUCUUUUAAACUUUUAAGUGACUCUUAUAAGCCAGCAGAAAGUUUCACAAGUCUAAUCUGGCAAUUUGUUCGUGGACUUUGUUGCACUUCACCCUUAUUGAUUUGAUUUUCAUCUCUUCCAUUGUGUUAUUAAGGUAAGUAUUUUCUUAAUCAUUACUCCGUUAAUCGCGCAGUCCUAACAAAGCAUAAGGUCAUUGUUACAGCAAACGAGCACCUUAAAUUAACAGAUCUUUAAGACAGCAAGUCUCUAGGGAGGUUUGUUAGCCAUGAGAAGAUGCAGUGGGUGGCGUCGUUUUCUCUUUUGUCUUCCUCUCAUUUUCUUCCUUCCUCAUAUGUUUUCUGUAAUGGAAUUGCAUCAGAAGAAAAAUAGCAAGAAAUCUGAUCAUCUGGUUCUAGGGCCUGCUGCUGGACAAGGCUUGCCCAAUCGUUUGCAAUGUGAAGGCAUUAAAGCUGUCAACAAGACCCACUCUCCAACUUCCCAUAUAUCCAUAGGCAGAGAAUCUAUUGCUUUUGUCACUGUUUUUGCCAUUCAUAAUUCUUCCCCAAAUACUCAUGUAGAUGAUAGAUCAUCAAACUUGGUUACUGUUGGGAAUGCUUCAUAUAGUAAAGUGGAGAGGUCAAUGGCCAUAUUGAAUGUCUUCAUUAACUUUAUUCAGGUGAGAAUGCCCCAGAGCAGCAUUAUUAUUCUUACCGACCUGGUAUCUGACCUUCGCAUGCACAGAAAUAGGGUCGCUGUUCUUCCCAUUCAAAAUGAAUAUUCGCGAGACAAAUUGAUGCUUCAACGAAUCAUGUCUUACAUUGCUUUUCUAGAAACAAGGCUUGAGGAGCUUUCUCAUAUGGAGGGGCACAUCAGUCAUUACAUCUUUACCGACUCAGAUAUAGCAGUGGUUGAUGAUCUAGGACAGAUAUUUCAGGAUUAUUCAAGUUUUCAUCUGGCUCUCACCUUCCGGAACAACAAAGCACAACCUUUAAAUUCAGGAUUUAUAGCAGUAAGGGGAACCUCAGAUGGGAUUUUAAGGGCAAAGCUUUUUCUACAAAAAGUACUGGAAGUUUACAGUUCAAAGUACAUGAGUGCCUCCCGAAUGCUCGGAGACCAGUUAGCACUUGCAUGGGUUAUUAUGUCUGACCCUUCCUUUGACAGAAGAAAAUUUACCAAAGCGCAAGUUUUUCUAGAGAAAAUUGGCGGUGCCUCAGUUCUGUUUCUACCUUGUGCUAUAUACAAUUGGACACCACCAGAAGGUGCAGGUCAAUUUCAUGGCAUGCCCUUGGAUGUUAAGGUCGUUCAUUUCAAAGGAUCGAGGAAACGCCUAAUGCUCGAGUCUUGGAACUUCUUCAGUUCGUAUGGUAACAUAUCAGAUAUGUUAUGUCUCGUCUUAAGUAGCGGGAGAACAAAGUAUGACUUUUAAAGCAUGAUUUUAAAGGAUGAUUUAGAUUGGUGGAACAACCAAUUGCACUCGAGUUUGGAACUGAGGUGGUGCUAAAUCUACCAUCUAGCCUGCUUCAUCCAUCCACCCAUGGUACAAAUUCAGUUUUGCCGGCAGCAAAUGGAGCUUUAAAUGGGAGUAGCUCAAGAUUAUGGAUAAUAAUUUCCUGUUACCAACGUAUUUUCCUUUCACAUCUUGGGAGGGCCGAGGGGGGGUUGACAUUUUUUUAUUGAAGGCAUAUAUAUUUUGGAACGGAAAAUGAUAGGAUUACAGUACCAUUUUACUACUUAUUUACUACUCCUUUUGUAUUAGAUUUUUUUUUUUAAUUUUUUAUUGUACUUAAUUGUUAAGGAAGUAACUAUUAGUAAAAUUAUAUAUAUUUUUUUAA